AAGUGAGAUGAGUCUAAGAUUGUGUUUGAGGUGGUCGUGGAAGAAGGUGAAGCCAGAGAGACAGAGUGUGUAAUCGCUUUCUCCAAUAGAUAGAGAAGCACAACACUACACUCACCGCAUAUUUCGCAGUGACAGAAGCCAUGGCAGUUGUUGUUCAACCCUCUGCUUCUCUUUCCCUCUCUUUUCGCGAUGCUGCUUGUGUUUUCACUCCACCUCCAAAGCAUUUUGCCACUUCUCGCCUUGCUCUUUCGAAUUUGGUUCCAACUCGAGCAUCCUUCGUUACUGGUUCCCCACUCUCAGUGAUUCAAACAAGUUAUGAAAGGAAAACCAUAUGCAAGGCAAUGCCAUUUUCAAUAAAGUGCGAGCAAAGUUCACAGGGAGGGAACAGUGUGGAUGUAUGGCUAGGCCGGCUAGCCAUGGUUGGCUUUGCAUCGGCCAUCACUGUCGAAAUUGCUACUGGCAAGGGUCUCCUUGAGAACUUUGGAGUUACAGCUCCACUGCCUACAGUUGCCUUGGCAGUAACAGGACUGGUGGGUGUUUUGACUGCAAUUUUCAUCUUCCAGUCAGCCUCAAAGAACUGAUAAUGUAUUUAGGCUGUUGAUGGUGUUUUACUGUAAAUUCUGUUGUUACAAUGUUUAUUUUUUUUUCAACAUAAAAAUUCCAUUAUUUUUUGUUGUAAUCUUUUUUUUUUAGCAUCAACGCCUGUUGUAGUAAUGGAAGCGAUAUUGAAGGCCUCAAAACUUUGCCUGUUGUGCAAGUCAAUUUUGAUUCCUUCGAAAUAUUGUCCCCAUUCCAAACAA